AAGAGUUCAUUCAGAGAGAGAGAGAGAGAGAGAGCACCGAAAUCUCGCCUAGUAGAUGAUUUCCAGGUCCUACAGGGACGGGCUUCUGUUUUUCUUUUCCCAGAGGAAAAUGUUCCAGUAAAAGUUUCUCCAAAUGCGCCUCGGCACUUUUUCCGCGUCUCCCGGUGGCCUGAAGUUGAAAUGUUCGCCGAAAAAUCAUUGUAUGGACUGGUUUUGGUGUGUGUGACAAUUUACCCGCUGAUACUCGCUGAGAAAGCCGAAGAUGGCUGUGGCCAGUCGGAUGUGGGUCCACAGAGUGGUCUCCUGUCCUCGAAGAAUUAUCCAGGCAAGUACCCCAACAACUCCUUGUGCGAGUGGAAGAUCCGUGUCAACAGCAGCCUCAGGAUCGUGCUAAAGUUUGAAGAUGUCUCCAUUGGUGGAGUGGACUGUGAGACUGACUAUUUGAAGGUCUUAAAGGAGAAUCACGGGACGACUUUUGUGUACUGGCAGCAUUGCGGCGAGAUGAAACCCCACCCCCCGGUGACCAGCCAGCCGCUUUACACAGACGCCAGUGAGCUCACGGUAAGCUUCCGCUCCAGCCGUCACUCCGCAGGCAGAGGCUUCCGGCUUUCGUACACCACCGUGAACCAAACAGAGCUGCUGACCUGCACAGACAAAGGCAGCCAUUUCUCCCUUUCACGCUACAGGAAGUUCUGUCCUGCCGGAUGUGGAGCAGCAGCGGGUGACGUGGCCGGAGACAUUUCUCAGGGCUACAGACAUACGUCGGUUCUGUGUAAAGCUGCGGUCCACGCAGGAAUCUUCCCAGACGAGUACGGGGGAGCGAUCACCGUGGAGGAGCAGCGCGGACUUCGCUUCUACGAGUCAGUCCGAGCCAACGGCGUCCGAUCCAUAACUGGCUCUUUGUCUGAUACUCUCUUCACAUUUGUCACCAACGACUGUUCCAAACAGAUGGUACUUCAGCCCGUAUCUGUUAGCGCCACGUGGGAGAAGGACGUAUUCGAUGGGACUCGGAGUGAUUGGUCCCCAGACCUCGGAGACACCAUCUCCCAGACUGGAAUCUGGGACAACGAGUCUGACGGUAAACACUGGCUCCAACUCGACCUGGGAGAGAAGAAGAGGAUCACAGGUAUUUUAGCCAAGGUUGAAGAGUCCGGUUAUUUUGUGAAAAGCUACAAGAUCGUGUACAAGGAGAAGAGCCGCUGGCGCACGUACAGGCAGUAUAACAGCUCUGAAGAUACGAUAUUUGAAGGGAACGAGGACGAUUUUUAUCAGACACGCAGCACUUUCCGUCCAUCCUUUAUCGCACGUUACGUCCGGGUCGUCCCUCUGCAGUGGCACCGGAGGAUCAGCCUGAGCGCAGAGCUCCUGGGCUGCUCAUACGUCCCAGAUCCACCAAAAGUCAAUGUGACGCCUCCGGUCCUGCAGGAGGUCUUGUCCAGCCAACCCAAACCGGAUGAAGACAAACUCCUGCCUGAGCCUGAUUGGAGUAUAGCUUCAUCUACAUCUCCUGCUUUAUCCAUUACACAUUAUACACUCGCCUGUAAUGCUGUUCUUGACGCUGUGUCUGCUCUUCCUUUUCCUCCGAACACAGUGAAGCUGGUCAUCAUCCUGGUAUCAGCGGUGGUGUGCGUGGCUGUGGUGCUGGUGUCCGCGAUCUGCGCCUUUAAAUUGCUGCAGAAGAAGAAGAGCAAAGAGAACAUGUAUGACUCUGCAGAUGUUCCCCAAACAGGUUGCUGGAAGCAGGUGAAGCAUGCGUCUGCCAGGCAGCAGUCCACCGAGUUCACGUUCAGCUACAGCUCCGAGAAAGACCACCUGCCCAAAAUAGACCUGGUCACCAGCGACAUGGCAGACUACCAGCAGCCACUGAUGCUCGGCGUGGAGACGGUGUCCAGGAAAGGCUCCACCUUCAGGCCUAUGGACACGGACACCAAGGACAAUGCCAACGAGGCCGCGUCUCAUUACGACUACCUGCACACGGCUAAUCAGUACGCUCUCCCGCUGACCAAUCAGGAGCCGGAGUACGCCACACCCAUCAUCGAGCGCCACACCUUCCGGAAGGAUGUCUUCUUUCAAGAUCCCAGCUACAGCGUCCCUGGGGUCGUCCUCAGCAAGAGUUCCUCGUUUAAAGCCGUGGACAGUAGCAACGACAGAAAGGUGGUGGGAGGAAACAUGUCUGGGGGCUACCAGACGCCGCAGACCAAACGGGACAGAGCAAACCACUCCGAGGGGGUUUACGACAGCCCUAAGGGCAGGACUCCUGCAGUUCUGCAGAACGGAGGAGGUUCGGAGUAUCAGAGACCUCAAGCGAAGGGUUAUUUGGCACCUCAGGACUGUGUUCAGAUCGAUGCCCCCGUCCCGCAUCGACCCGACCCUGAGGGCUGCAGCAUGAGCGGAACCUGAACAUGUAGGAACAUACAGACCUGCUUCAUGUGACCUCCAAAAAAAAAAUAAAACCACCCAUGGGAUCUUUGCGUAACUUAUUUUUGUACCAGAGCAUGAUAUGGUUUUGUUUUUGUAUAUAUGUGCAGAGAAAGAUGGCUGUCUUGGUGAGUGUGAGGAAUCGUUGGUGCUGUUUUUUGUUUUGUUUUUUUUAACUGCCAUCUAAAUUUGCUAUAUUUUGUCUUAAGUAUUUUAUUGUUGUUUGUUUUUUUUUUUUUUAAAGGAACAGGGUCUCUCUCUCAUUUGUGACAUAAUGUGAUCUACCGUCUCCAUUUUCCGAGCUACUUCUGCAUCCCUUCGUAGGCAGUUCUGAUGCAGUUCUGGUGUUUCCAGGGUGACGUAACUUUUUCUCCCAUUUUGUUUCGUUUGAACUGUCGACCUGCUCCGAGCAGGCAUGGUCUCCUCCUCACCUUCAACUGACCGGUUUCCUGUUUCAAGGAAACACUUCCUUUGUUCCUCUGAGCCAUGUGAUGUGCAGUGGUACUGUUGUGUCGGUGUAACAUUUUUUUUUUUUUUCCCUUGAGUGUACAUAUUCCCUGUACAGAUUUGAAAUGUAUAUUGUGGAAAGAGGACGGAAAGACGGAGAAGUCGCUUAUUUAAAGCCCGCACUAAGCUGCUGGCGUGCAUUAAUGCUGCUGCAUUAAAGAGACUUUAAAGAGA